AUGAACCCCGACAACUGCGCACUUGCGUCAGGUCUGAUUUCCCUGUCGUACAUACGGCAGGGUGAGCAGGCGCUUGCUCGUCGUCAGCGGUUGGUUAAGUCGUUGCUGUCCAGCCGGCGGUUACCGGAAAGAGGCUGGGAUGAGGCCACCAUUGAAAUGCUGAUUCGGGACUGUUCCGCCAUGGACUCGAACAACUUUCUGGAUAACGUGGGUCUAGGGGAGCGGGAGGGGCGAGUGGUGUGUCCUCUGGUGGCGCGGCGCCAUUUCGGUCUGGCGCACGGUAUUGGUCGCAGCGGCGACGUGGCGGCGGAGCAACCCAAGGCCGCGGGGUCCUCGCUGCUGGCCGCCCUCACCAACCACCUGGCGGCGGAUGCACUAGGGAUUGCGGGCCUAACCGGUAUCGGACCCGUCACUACCCUCCCCCUGGCCACGGGUAUGGCCCUGACGCUGGUUCUGCUGGCGCUGAGGUCCACGCGGCCCCCGGGUGCCGACCUGGUGGUGUGGAGCCGGGUGGAUCAGAAGACGUGCCUCAAGGCCAUCACCGCUGCCGGGCUGCGGCCGCAUGCGGUGCAGCUCCGGCGCCGAGGGGACGAGCUGGUCACGGACGUGCAGGCGAUCUCCCAGGCAGUGGACUCCCUAGGCCCGGACAGAAUCGUCGCCGUCAUCACCACGACCUCGUGCUUCGCGCCCCGUGCCCCCGACGAUGUGACGGCAGUUGCUCGACUCUGCGACACCGCUGCCGUGCCGCACGUGAUCAACAACGCGUACGGCGUGCAGAGCCGGCAGACCUGCCGUGCCGUGGCGGCGGCGUGGUCGCGCGGCCGCGUGGAUGCCGUCGUACAGAGUACGGACAAGAAUUUCAUGGUGCCUGUCGGCGGCGCGCUGGUGGCGGCACCGGCUGCGCGGCCGGGGCUGGUGGCGGCGGUGAAUGGGACGUACCCAGGGCGGGCGAGUGUGGCGGCGCAUUUGGAUUUGCUGAUGACGUUGCUGCACUGGGGCGCUGCGGGCUGGCGCAAGGUGCUGUUGGAGCGCGAGGAAUUGGUGCCGUACCUGCGGGACAGGUUGCGUCAGGUGGCGGCACGCCAGGGCGAGAGGCUGCUGGAUACCCCCAACAACCCCAUCAGCAUGGCGCUGACGUUGGACACCCUGGCUGUUGUUGCCGUAGCGGCGACGGCGCCGCGGCGGCCGCCCGAUGUGACCUUCUUUGGCGCCAUGCUUUGGUCCAGGUGUGUUUCGGGCACGCGUGUCGUGGCACCCGGCAAGACGCAGAGCGUUGGUGGCGUGGCGUUUCGCAAUUACGGCUCGCACACAGAGGUGCCGUACCCGAGCACCUACAUGACGGCGGCAGCGGCGCUAGGGACGACGCGUGCUGACGUGGACGAGCUUGUCGUACGAUUGAACCGCUGCUUUACCGAGUUCCGUAAGAAGUGCCACACCGCCGCCGCUGCCGCCGCCUUCACCGCCGACGCCGCUGACGAGGCCGGCGGCGUUGCAGAAGGAGCUGCGGUUGUGGGUACGACGGGAGGUGUGAGGACCCGGCGGGUAGAGCAGGAGGAUGCGAAUGGAGAUGCCGCUGGCGUUGUCGGCGGUUCCAUGGGCGGGGAUUGCCCCACUGACGGCCAGGAAGGUCAGGUGGCGGAGGACAAGGUCGCGGCGUCAGCAACUAGUCAGUGA